ACAAAGCUAACAAAAUGAAGUAAAUCGCUCUAAGCAAACAAUGCUACACACAACUGGGACAAUGAGUUAUGCGCGGAAGGCUGAAAAGAUGAAGUUGAAAUCAGGGAAGGCGCCAACUCGUGCUCAACUAUUUUGCGCAACACAUAAGAGCAAGAAGGAUGACAAAGCUAGUGAUGAACAUGCUGCCAAAAUGAUUACACAACUAGAAGAGCUUGCUGCAACUCAGCCUUCUAACCCAGAUGAACCUUCACCCCAUGAUUUUUAUGCCCAAGUUAGGGGAGAAGAAAGAAGGGGCCGUGUUCGGAUGUAUGGCUUGGGACCUACGCCAACUAGUCUUUGGGGGCCAUCUCCUAGUAAAGCGGAGCUGAUAAGGAGGACCUCACAAGCAGAGGAAGAGGCACGUCGUGCUCGUGCAGAAAUGAAUGAGAAAGUGGACAAGAUGCGUGCCGAGUAUGAUGAAAAAUAUGAAGCUUUGAAUGCAAAGAUGGCUAUGAUUUUACGUCAUAUCGAAAAUCAAAAUUCUAAUGUACAGGUACCCGGCUCCUCAACUACUACACUUGGUGAUCCUUAAACUUUAUUUUUGGUCAUGGAAUUUCAUCCUUGGGCAAUUUGAAGGAAGACGAGAGAUGAAAUUGAACCAUUAAUUCUCAAGGCCCUCGCAUAGUCUCACUCAAAUUCUCAAUGAAAUUUUGAUGUUUUAUUUUGCAUGAUUUCCUUUUGAACCUUUUAUUAGCACUUGACAUUUUGAAACAAAACUUAGAUGUUAUGGGAUGUUAUUGAAUUUUAAUGCAACUUUCUUUGUUCUAUGUUAUAUAUCAAA